AUGUUUAUAAUAGGUAAAUCAAAAUCACCUCGCUGCUUAAAAGGAAUUAAGCACUUACCUUGCAGAUACAGAAAUCAAAAUAAAAGCUGGAUGGAUAGCAUACUGUUUGAAGAGUGGAUACGAGAAAUGGAUACAAAGUUUACAAAAGAAAAGAAGAAAGUAAUGUUCAUAAUAGGUAACUGCUUAGCACACCCAACGGUUGAUAAUCUAAAAUCUAUUGAGCUCAUUUUUUUACCACCGAAUACCACAUCUAAACUUCAACCAAUGGAUCAGGGAAUUAUACGCUCUUUGAAAGUUUAUUACAGAUAUCUGGCAUUGCAAAGACUUGUCGUAGCUAUUGAUAAAAAAAAGAUCUUCCUGUUUUCUCAUUUUUGUACAACAGCUGAAGAUGUUGUUUUUGCAGAUGAAAGCUUAAUUAGCACAGAACCUUUACUUACAGAUGAACAGUUGGUAAAAGAAGUUAAAAAUGCAGCCAAUGAACAUGAUGAUAAUGACGAGGAAGAUAAUGAUGAUGAUAAUGCAAUCGAUCCAGUUUACCCAAAAGUUAGUGAUAUUCGGGAAACACUGCAAGUGUUGUAUGACUAUAUGCCCUUCAGUCUUGUGGGUGAAAGUUUGCAACAAAAGCUCAACGCUGUCUCAAUUAUAUUCGAUAGAGACGUAUCUUCAAAACUAAAACAGAGUGACAUUAGAACAUUUUUCAAUUUAUAA